AUGUGAAGCUGCAGCUGCAGCGCGUGUGCACGGCGCGGGCUGCAGCGUGCGGACCACUGCUGCUCUCAAACAGUUAACGACGAGUCGGGAGGGUGACGACUUGUUUUGCUGUUGGCUCCCUCCGCAUCCUCCGCACACGUGAGCGCGCUCGGCGGAAGACGGAGGAGCCUCCCUCUCCCUCGCUCGGCCUCCAGGAGGGGCUGAAGGUGACUCUCCUCUCGGCGGGGAUGCAGAGGCAGCUGCCGGGGGUCCGUCCGGCCCGAGACUCGAUCCUGCUCCCGCGGACAAAGCGCACGGUCCCGCUGAGGCUGCGGAGGCUCUGAUCGCUCACAAAUCCGUGUGACCCCGCCGCGCUUCUGCUGUGGUUCCCUUCCUCCUGUAGACAGAGGACACCGCAGCAUCCGUCUCCAUCUGUGUGUGAGUGUGUGAGUGAGUGUGUGUCUGUGUGUGUGCGUGUGCAUGCAUGUGUUCUGCACCGUACGGGCGGAAAAAGCGCCCACGAUCCGCAGGGAGCAUCUUCCCCGUCAGCCGCGGCGCGCAGACGGAGCCGGAGCGCAGGGAGAGCGCGGAGGAGGCCGUGGACGGCAGCAGGAUGACUGUCCAGGAAUUCAACACCCUGGUGGCUCUGUACCGGGAGCAGGUCAUAUCCAUCGGGGAGAUUUCUGCCGACUGUCCGUCACUUCGCGCUCAGAUGCAACUGACACGCUCCAAAGGAUGCUCCAUGGCCCGGGCAGCGCACCAGGACCUCACCGUCAUCUCUGGUUCAGGUCCAGAGGACGGAGAGAUCCACCCUGAGAUCUGUCGGCUCUUCAUCCAGCUGCAGUGCUGCCUGGAGAUGUUCGUUACGGAGAUGCUGAAGUCCAUGUGCCUGCUGGGGGUGCUGCAGCUCCACCGAAAAAGAACCGACUCGGAGCCGAGGGUGGACUUCAGGAUGGACGAGAGCUCGGACGUCCCGUUCCUGGAGGAGCGAUCGUCCUCGCCCAUAGACUUCCCUCAGGAGCAGUGGCUGGUGGGAAACGACAUUGAAAACAUAGAGAGGGACAUGCGAGAGAUGCGAAACCUACUCAGCAAACUCAGGGACACGAUGCCAUUGCCACUGAAAAACCAAGACGACAGCAGCUUGUUGAACCUGACUCCACAGCCGCUGGUCAGACAGAGGAAGAGACGCUUCCCUGGACUCUGCUGCAUGGUGUCAGGCGUAGAACUAGGUCGGACUCCCCCGGGUGUGAUGGCGUCCUCCAGACAGUUUCUCGUGCUGCUGCCGCUCCUCAGCUUCGUCUCAGCCUCACUCGCCUGUUCCUGUGACCGAUAUCCCUGGAGCUCGUGGUCCAGCUGCUCCAGGACCUGUAACCACGGAGCCCAGCAGAGACUGAGGAUGUUCCAGUUUGACGAUUACUACUGGAAGAGCAGCUGCAGUCAGCUGUGUGACAAAUACGACAGGAGAGGCUGCAACGAGCAGGCCUGUCCCAUCAACUGCCUGCUGACGCAGUUCGAGCCCUGGUCCGACUGCUCACCCUGCGCCAGGAAACAGUUACGCACCCGCUCCGUCCAGAGGCCGUCCCAGUUCGGGGGCUCGGACUGCAGCGUGGAGCUGACGGAGGAGAGGCCCUGUUACCCCUCCACGGAGUGCAAGUUAGCGCCUGUCGACUGCAGAGGCGACUUCAAGUGUGAUAACGGACGCUGCAUGAACUCGACGCUGACGUGCAACAGGCAGAACGACUGUGGAGAUAACUCAGAUGAGAGGGACUGUGCCGACCUCUCCGUCGUGUGUCCAGCAGAGAAGAUGGUGGCCCCCGGGGCCGACCUGGUGGGCAAUGGGUUUGAUGCUUUGGCGGAGGAGCCGAGAGGAGCCGUGCUGGACAACAUGUUCAUGGGAGGAAGCUGCAUCAUCAGGAGGCCUCCGACCACACUGCUCUACCAUCGAAUCCCUCACAACUUUGAAAACUUCGACAUCAAGGUCGGGGAGCUGCAGGACUUCAGCACUGAGCCGCAGCAGCUGCACACAGACUCCAUCAGUGUGAAGACGUCCAGCUCGUCUGAAGGCCACAACCCAUCUCGGUGGAACCACUUCUUCAAGUUUUUGGGCAGAGGGUUUUUGAAAAAGGAGGCGUUUGAAGCUUCAAAGAAAGUGGACUCCAAGUUUUUCCGGGUGCACCAGGUCCUCCCGGUGUCCAGGUUCAAGGUGAAAGAACCGGGCGACCUCGUCCUUUCGCUGCCUUUCCUCCAGUUCCUUCAGGCUCUUCCUCUCCAGUACAACUACGCCCUCUACAGGGACAUCUUCCAGCGCUUCGGGACACAUUACUACAGCUCGGGGACGCUGGGAGGCCACUACGACCUGCUGUACCAGUACAGCAGAGAGGAGCUCACCAGUUCAGGUGAAACAGAAGAGCACAUCAGAGGCUGCCUGGGCAGAGAGACCAGCUGGACCGCCGUCCUCUACAGCCCACACGCCAGGCUUUCCCCCUGCUCCGACAACAGGAUGACUCAGAAAUACAAAGGCUCGUACAUCCAGGCGGCGGAGAAGUCUUUCUCCAGGGUGAAGGGAGGACGAGCCAGGGAGGCAGCAGCUCUGGCCUGGGACCGGCAGGGCCCUGCUCCGGACCGAACAUCCUACAAGAACUGGGCCAAGUCUGUCCUGGACAACCCUGCUGUGGUUGAAUAUCAGCUGCUGCCCAUCAUAGACCUGGUUCGAGGGAUCCCCUGCGCUGCGACGAAGAGGAGGCACUUGAGGAAGGCCCUCCUGCAGUACCUGGGGGAGUUCGACACCUGCAAGUGUGAUCCGUGUCCGAACAACGCCAGGCCCGUUCUGUCCGGCACAGAGUGCAAGUGUGUUUGCCAGACCGGCACCUACGGCACCAACUGUGAGCGACGGGCUCCUGACUACAAUUCAGAGGAGGUGGACGGUCUCUGGAGCUGCUGGGGGCCGUGGAGUCGCUGCUCGGCCUCCAUGAAGAGACGCCGGGUGAGGGCGUGUGAUAACCCCACCCCCCUCAGAGGAGGUCAACCCUGCCUCGGCCCCAACAGGCAGGAGGAGCCGUGUCACAUCAGCAUCUUUGAAUCACAGGGGACGUGUGAUAACGAUGACGACUUCACUGUGGGCUGGAGAGACGAGCUGCCUCCUGGUGUUCAGGGCUGUGUGAGGCCACCGAGGCCCGAGAACAGCCUCCUCAGGAAAGCGAAGCAGUACUAUGACCUUGGUGAGGAGGAGGAGUUUGAGUGCUUCACUGGGUGGGAACUGGAGGGUUUUCAGUUCUUCAACUGUCUCCCUGACGGAACCUGGAGUCCACCAAAAGGAAAAUGCAUCAAGAACCUCUGUCUUCCUCCUGAGAUCCCUGAUGGGAUGGCGCUGCUCCCCGACAAGGACCAGUACAGACUGGGGGAGUCUGUGGGUUUGAACUGCAUCGAGGCGAACGUGGUGCCGCGGCCGGGAGGUUCAUACAGGUGCAGCAACAGUCUCACCUGGGAGCCUCCGUUACCGGCUGAGCUGCGCUGCACCGCUGAGGAACCGUUUGUCCCCGACCGUCAAUGUGGACCAGGACAGAAACUACAGGACGCUCAAUGUGUCUGCGUCCAACGGGAGAGCUGCCUGUCACAAUCAGCAGAUCUCUGCGUCCUGAACCUGGACGUCGGCGUCACCGUGUCGAUGUCCCUCUGCUCCUUCCACGCCGGCCGUUGCCACGGCGACCCGCUCUUCUUCGUCAGCAAGGGCGAGUGUGAUGCGUCCGACUCGGGGAAACUGGAGUGGGCCAAGUUCAGAGCCAAGAUGUCGUCUAAGAGCUCAGCUCAGGAGCCCUGUGAUCUCGACACCUGCUACGAGUGGGAGACCUGUUCUGCCUUUAAGAAGUGCGAGUGUCGAGCAGCUCGUGACUGUCAAGGAUCCAACGAGCACAUGUUCUGUGUGAAGCUGACGAGGAGCCAGAGGACUCGAGCUCUGGACCUCUGCUCCAUGGCCGCGCUCAAAUGUGCCAGCUACGAGUUUGAGAUCCUCAGUGAAGGAGCGUGUGAGUCCAGGUGAUUCUGAUGGGAUUGUUUUUGCAACACAACAGUUGGGCCCCAGUCACAACUCAUCUAGUCAUCUAACUUCUCAACCCGACCUGAUUUGAUCCGAGAUGCUUUGUAAGGACGGGACAGUGGUUUUUAAAAAAGUGUCUCAAAUCAUUUCUGACGACAGGAGGAGAUCGUUUCUCUGUUAAACGUUUUUUUUCACAUGUAAUGAUAAUUACAUUUCUUACAGUAUGAACCUCCCACUGCAUCACUUCCUCACUGUAUAUAAUCUAUUUACUGUUCGGGUAUCACCUUCAAAUAUUUGUCAAAUGAUGAAAUUACAUUAAUGUGGCCGAGAAAUAUUCAAAAAAUAAAGAAAACUGAAAACUAAA